UGAUUAGGGUUUCCACUUUUCAAUUGAUCAACAUCAAACACUUUUCUUCUCGUCUUCAUUCAUAUCAGAUGGAUUUUAGCCAUGCUUUCAAUUUUAUAUUUUUAUUUUUAUUUUUGAAAAGUGUCAAAAAAGAAGGCUACAUGUAGUCCAAGGCAGGGUGAAUGAUGAACCCUUUGUUCUUGAUUGCCAGAAGCGGCUGUAGUCCUAUUUAUUAAUAGGGAGAAGUUGUCUGGCCGGUGGCUGUUUCUGUCGACAUAUCUGCUUACCGAACUUCUCACAUCUUUUUUCUCCAUUUCUCUUUUCUUUUUGAUUAAAUUGCACAAUUUCGUGCAAAAUUUGGUUGCAGUUGAAUUUCGAUGUAAUUCUAUCUGUUUUUAAUUGGUGAGGUGAAAUUCUGUUUAUUCGGUAUAGAAGCAGAAUUGAUUGAAUUAGACUGCAAAACAACAAAGAAAAAGCAGAAUAGGUAAUCUCGUCUGUAAUGGUGGCGGUUGUUGGGCCACUGAUGGGAUUGAUGAGUGGGACGCUGGUGUAUUACCACUGCGCUUACCAAAAUUCUAGCGUUGUGUCUCUCUUCGCCGACGUCUUCAUCGUUCUCCUCUGUUCGCUGGCGAUCCUGGGUCUUCUGUUCCGCCACAUGAACAUUGCUGUUCCCGUUGACCCGCUCCACUGGCAGAUCUCACAAGAUGCCGCUAAUUCUCUCUUCGCCUGCCUGGCUAACACCCUCGGCGCCGCCGAGUCCGUCCUCCGUGUCGCCGCCACCGGUCAUGACAAACGCCUCUUCCUCAAGGUGGUCGCCUGUCUUUAUGUGCUUUCUGUCAUUGGUAGAGCAAUCUCAGGCGUCACCGUUGCCUAUAUUGGAUUGUGCCUGUUCUGUCUUUACCUGGUUGCUGAGAACUCACAAACGAACGACACAUGUUUGGGAAGACUUUGUGGGAGAAGAGAUGCCACAGCUUCUGUUCAAGAAGACACAUGAUCUUCAUGCUUCUGCAGCAAGCACCUAUCGUUGAUAUUUACAUUCUUCUUUAUAGUCUCUUGGAAGAUUGCCUAUGUGUUCACUGUAUCUUAUUAUGCUCGGGCAACUUAGACUCUUUUGUGGCUUCUUAAUGAAUAAUGCUUCUAUUCUUUUGCCAACA